AUGGCUUCUGCUGCUUGUAUCUUUUGCAAAAUCAUCAAGGGUGAUAUCCCUUCCUUCAAGCUCUUCGAGAGCGACAAGGUUUUUGCCUUCCUUGAUAUCCAGCCCUUGAGCCGUGGCCAUGCGCUCGUCAUCCCCAAGUACCACGGCGCCAAGUUGACUGAUAUCCCCGACGAGGACCUGCUUGAGAUUCUGCCCGUUGCAAAGAAGAUUGCCCAGGCCACUGGUGCUACGGAUUUCAACAUCCUUCAGAACAAUGGCCGCAUUGCGCACCAGGUUGUUGACCAUGUUCAUUUCCACAUGAUCCCCAAGCCCAACGAGGAGGAGGGUAUGUCCAUUGGCUGGCCUACCCAGGCAACCGACAUGGACAAGCUCAAGGCUCUUCACGAGGAGAUCAAGUCCAAGAUUGAAGCUCUGUGA